GGGCCUGGAGCGAUGCUGCGCCGGUGAUGUCCGCGGAACACGAGAAGGACCCCGCCGCGGCGCUCAAAAGGCCCCGAGGUGGUGAUGGUGGAUUGGAUGGGUUAGGAGGCCCAGGUGUGCAACUUGGAAGCCCAGAUAAGAAAAAGCGCAAGUCAACUGCACAGGGGUCCUCCUUUCCCCUGCCAUCUGAAUAUGCCCCCCCACUGAAUCCAAGCUCUGACCACCUUGUAGCUGCAAAUCCAUUUGAUGAUAACUACAACACGAUUUCUUAUAAACCGGUGCCGUCAGGAAAUCCAUAUUUUGCUAAUCCCAGCUACCCUGGUUUUGGAGGCUACAAUACUUUCAGGAUGCCCCCUCACAUGCUUCCUAGAAUGCCUUCACCAUAUGGUGCUACUUAUCCACUCAGAAACCAGCCGCACCCUUUUCCCCAGAAUCCAGUCGGGAUGGUCUUCAAUCGGCCUCAAGCAAUUAACUUUGUGCCACAUGAAAAUCCCGGUUUCGUCAAUCAGCCAUCUUAUAACGCUAACAUGAAUCAGGCUAUCAACAUGCCCGGCCAACAUUUCCGGCCAAACCCCGGUGAGAACUUUGGCCACAUGCCUUCACAGAACACGAUUCCGAUGCUGCACCAUGACAUGCCGUUGCAUUUUGGGCCUGGCCAGAACCCCAAUUUUAAUAAUUCCCAGAUGGAAUCCAACCAUUCUUAUGGUCCCAUGCCAAACAAUUACAACCAGACAAAGCCUUUGCAAAAGCAAGGUGCAAAUAAGCACAGCAACACCCCCCAACAGCAGCAUCCGCACAGAACAGAAGACCUUGCAAGCUCAGGAACGCCAGACAUAAAAACUGUGAAUCGAAAUAUCCCAGCAAACCAAGAGAGCAUUCCUCCUAAAAACGUUGACAAUCUGAACAGCGGUCAUGCCAACGGGACUCAGAACAAGCCCUGUCUCCCACGAGGGGCAGCUGAGGGAGGGGGCUCUGAGAAGGGCAGCAACACCCCUCUGCAUCCCAGCCAACAUGGCCACACCACCUCCGAGCCUGUUUACCCUUGUGGGAUUUGUACACACGAGGUGAACGAUGACCAGGACGCCAUCUUGUGUGAAGCUUCUUGUCAAAAAUGGUUUCACCGGAUUUGCACGGGCAUGACGGAGUCAGCGUACGGAUUGCUCACUGCGGAAGCCUCGGCGGUGUGGGGCUGUGACACUUGUAUGGCAGACAAGGAUGUUCAGCUGAUGCGCACCAGAGAAACUAUCGGACCGCCAGUAUUGAAUGCUGAUGGGUGAGACCCACCCCCACGCCAGUCUCCCCAGUACACUACAGUGGCAUCAUUCAUAAACUCCCAUUUCCAGUUGAGGGUGGUUGUCAUUCAUUUUAUUUCUGUAAAUUGGUCUGUGUACUCCUUGUAUUCUGCCCAAGUGCAUUAAAUUCUCAUCGGAAGAACUGCUAGGCAGCGCUUGAUUGAUAAUUGAUUGCAGGUCUGGUUUUACACACACGGAAAGUGACUGGAUCUGUAACAAUCUGCCUUCGUGAAUACAAGCUAUUGUUGGCUGUUCAGAUUAAUAGUGGUAUGUAUUGGAAGAACUCCUAGUAGUAGCUGUAUCUUUUUGUAAUACCUGCCACUGUCUUAUUGGGAGUCGCUUCUAUCCUCUAUUUUGGAGCUUUUCUUAAGUUUUAAAGAUAAAGGAUAUGAUUGCAGGGAGAAAACACAGAGCAAUACUUCUUUUAAGAUAAUCAUCAACAAUUAUUUGUACCCUAGCUGAAACUCUCAAGUAUAACUAGUGUUUAGGUUUAUUGCAAAGCGUCAGUAUUUUUACACUGUCUUGUUUCAGAACACAUUAGUAGGCUGUGAAGGAUCCUCAUGGGAAAAAAAGUCAGUAGGUGUUUCUGGAGUAGUCUUGAAGUUCAUAUUCUCCUGAUAUUCCUCCACCCUCCCUUGCCAUACCUGGGCAAGUCCUCUGCAAUGUCAUUGCAAGACUAUAAGGUGUGAUGUUGCACCAGUGUCGAAAGGCCUGAAUAUUGUAGCGCUGGCUUGGAGGUUUGGGCUCUUGGAUGAAUGUAACUCCAAGAGAAAUUCACAGGUGUGGUCCUGUUGAAAUCAACGGGAGACAAACUUAACGAUCUCUGGCAUGUACUUUGGAUUGACGUUUAGGGCUCUGGUUGCAAAUGGACUUACUCUGAUACCCUUUCCACUGAACUAACUGAUGCACACAGGCAGAAAAAGAACUUUCCUACUUCUCUUCUUGUGUAUCGGUCCCCCCCCCCUCUCCUGACUUGCUAGUUUUUCCCAUGGCUGACUUGCUAGUUUCGUUUUCUUUCAGGGUCUCUUGUUUUAGUUUCUUUAACAUGCCGCUUGGGCACUCUCUGGAGAGGGUGUUUUCUCCUGCAGCCCCAGGGCAGACUCUGCAAACCCUGGCUCACUCAGGUUUGAAUGUGUAUGGAUCGUAGCUUGCUCAUCCCUUGGGUUCCUCCAGUUGGGAUUCUUCUCCACUCUGCUGCUUUUGUUCUCAGCCUGGCUGUAUUUUCGAAUGAGACUUGGCUCAGGAGAGCUCUGGGUCUCCCUCCUGGGAAGGGAAGGCCAUUCCCUGCAGCUUUCUUCCCCCACAGCAUAGCUGCCUUUUGGGGUGUAAUGCCAUGGAUCAGAUGCACAGACUUGAGCGUGGGCUGAGACAAUGGCCCUGGGUUUCUACUUCUAGCGGCUGUGGCCUGCCUAGGAGAGACCUUAGGCCAGAGUCUUUCCCCGUGACUAACAGCCUUUCCCAUUUUGACUGUUUUGGCAGAUAGCGGCUUAGCUGACCUCAUGGGGUUGCAAUGAGGGCUGUGAAGCACUUGGGACUCUGAGUAAUGCCGGAGGAAUGAGGAACAGUAGCAACGGUGGAUUGUCGGGUUGUUGUACAGAGUGGUGGGAAUCCCACAAAGUGUCUUUUAGCCUCACACAUCUUUUCUUGAUGAAGAUGUCUGCAAAGAGCAGAUCCCCCUACAGCCUGUCUGGAGCCCACAAGGUCUGUGUAGGUUAGACUGGGCCUGCUGCACAGCUUGUCUCGCCUGCAUUCUAAUCCUGCCAGCCCUUGAUUGCUAUAUGUUAUGAUUUAAUAUAGGAGACAACUGGAUGUAUUUGUCAUUGCCACUAGAGAAGCAAGAAAAGAUCCAGUCCCCAUCGAUGGGCUGUGCCCACACUUCCACCCCACAUCAGCUCUGUGUUAACCUCUUGAUCAUGGAAGCCCCUGGAGAGCAGUGUGUAUUUCUCAGUCUAGAUUUCAUACUCCUGCCGUAAGGCCUUUCUCCCAGCCGGCACUGCAGCCACAGGCUGAUCUCUCUAGGGGGGAGGCCUGGGGGCUGUGGACUAUAAUUAUGUCAAGACAUCAGCCAAGGGAGUCUUAUUUCAGAACAAGCAGUCCUGUAAGUGAGCUCUAGGACACAGGUGGGGAACCUGUGUGUGCACUACAUCUCCCACCAUCUCCGACCAUCGGCCAUGCUGGCUGGGGCUGAUGGGAGUUGGAGUCCAACGAUAUCUGGGCCGCCCCAUCAUGGAUUCUCUCUCCAAGAACCCUCUCCCUUUCGACAGCCAAAACCAAAAUGCAUUGCCUGCACGAUCUCAAAUCGAGAUGUACGUAAGAGAGGUUUGCUUACCCCAUAGCUUUCUCUUGCUUUUUUCAAGCUCAGAUACAGUGAGGAUGCUGUGGUUAUAUGUAAGCAGACCUUGGAAUGUUGCAGCACCCACCCACCCCCAGGAUAUGUGUAUCCCGACCAUUAAUGCCUCUUGGUAGCUCCUGUAGAGAAGCACAUGGCUCUCCUGCACAUGUCGUGAUUUAGCCUUUGCACCAGACAGAGCCUGCGGAUACCUGGAGUGCGUUGCUGGGCACCAUACCCAUCUUUUGAAACAUGAGCAUGUAACUGUUGGGGUGUGUUGCUUUUCUCUCUGAAGUCAUGUGGAAAAGCCCUCCACCAUGCUUUGGAAAGUGUUCAGGGUAAAGAGUAUUUCAGAGCUUGAGGUGUGUGUGAUUCUGAGGUUCUUCGUACAGCCUUUACUGCUAGAAAUGGUUUUGCUGGGAUCCCAGCUAGGCUUCGAUAUACUUUGUAGGGCCAUGUGCCAUCCAGGUGGCCUCUGGAUUGGUUUCUUUGAGAACAGAUGCCACGAUGGAGUCGUGUGUGCUUUAUUUGGCGGUCAGAUGAGAAUAGCCACAGCAGAAGCAUUCAUGAAAGAAGGGAGCAUCUUGUCUGCUAAACGUUGGCGAGGCUGCAUUUCAUCCCACGUGUUACCAUGCAGCCCGUUGAAGCUGCCCAGGGCUUUCUGUUUGAUUGAAUGUAGUUGAAUGAAUGUAGUUAAACAGACACAUUUUAUGAGUCCAUCUUUUGAAAAUCUCGCUAGUAGUUGCGGAGAGGUAAACUCGAGAGCUUUCACCCAGGAUGUUUCCUUUGCCCCAGACUGAGAAUGAGUAAAUGUUGCCAUGAAGCCCUCUUACAUGUGGGCUGUUGCCAUUUUGGGCAGUGGCUGUUAUAAGGUGCCAUUAAGGACGGCGGGCAGCCCUGCAACAUGGCUGUGUAAUCACAUUCUAACCCCGGUGAGUGCUGGCAGCACUAAGCAGUGUCUAGCAGGAGUGAAAGAGCUGUUGCAGAUCUUAACAUCACAGCUAGGACUUCCCUAUUACCUGAUGCUCUCUCAAACCAACAGCUCUUCAGUGACAUCAGCUGGUGCAUUUGGCUGAGAAGCACUGCACGAUGCAGAUAAAUAUCCCAAUCAGCUCUUAAUCCCUUUUCUUCUAAGUAAAACAAGCCAAAUUCUCCCAAACUAUUAAAAUAAAUUCUCCAUCCUUGCGUUCAUCUUAGUUGUUUUUCUUUGCACCAAAUUUACCCCUUUGAAAUGAAAAAAAGUAAUUUGGAAGUAAGCAAUUAGCCAACUAUAUAAAAUGGCACCAGGUCCCAAUCCUCUAUGUACCACCAUUUGUGGUUUCCUCUGUGGCAUUGCUGCAGGUAUCUUGGUAUUUACUGCUGAAUCUUGUUGGCUCCUAUUCUCUGUCUGUGGUGAAUGUUGGUUUUGGAUUAUAUGGCUUAAUCUCUUCGAGUGCUCGGAAGAUUCUGUUGUCCAAGUCCAGCAAGGACUUGUUUCACAGAAAAACAGGCUUCUGCCUGCUAAUCCUCGUUGCCACGUGCUCAAGUAGGAUUCUUGGGAAGCCUAUGUUGCACAUGCAGUUCUGGUUCUGACCCAGCAGGCCUCUUGACAUCGUUUCCAUGAGGCCACAGUUCUCAGAGGGGGAACUUGGCCUAGGUACCCCAUUUCCUUUUCCACCCGUCGUCUUUGUGGUGACUAAGUUUUUCUCCAUAUAGCACCUUAAUUACUUGUGGGAUCCUAUUUCAGACUUGCUAAUUAUGGGGAAAUAUUCUUUCUUAAAUAAAUUUGUAUUUUUGGUUUUUAGACUUUGUUUCUUCCCCAAAACCAAUGGUUUUGAAAUUUGACAUUUCCCCCAUUUUAUUUCAAUUUAAUAGCAACAACACUACUUCUUGCUUAAAAAUACUUGUACUCACUUUAAAUAUAAAUAUAGCCUUGCUUGCUAGUAAAAGUACAUGUGUAACAUUUUAUACAUAGUUGGCCAUGUGUCUUUUCUGUUGUAUGUGACUUAAUGACUGUUUCAUAUUAAAACUAGUCUUUUCUUAUGUACUGCUUACAUAUACCUGUUUUUUGGGAUAUCAGUUCAGUACUUUUAUACGAUCUCAAAUGUGUUCCACAUUGGUGACAUUUAUUUUUGCAACAACUUUAAAAUAAAUAAAUAAAUUAGGGCAUGUCUGAAAUAACACAUGCAUUAGUACUGUGGUGUGUGACAAAGUUGAUGUAUGUAAUUCAAAUUGGAACCAAGCUCCCAGACUUUGUCCAUUAUUAUUCCCUUAGUAAGAAAUUAAAUUACUAUGUAAUACAAAUGAUUUCAUAUCAUGGUGUGUGUUAAGCUACUCUAUGAAGUAUAGGAAACAUGUUUAUGUCGAUGAAUAGCUAGCUGGUCUGACGUUACAAGCUGAGUUCUAGUAGAUGAUAGCAAAUAAUUAAACUGCGAUGAUGUCUUUUGGCAUAUACAAGAUUUGUAUCCAAUGUAAGUGGUUGGUUAAACGUUUCAAUGUUUGAUGCUGAAAAAUGGGUGCCCAUUUGAAUUUACCAAAUGACAAUCCUAUGUUUGUUUAAAGAUGUAAUAAUUCCUCUUCAGGAUGUUCAUCUAAAAAAAGCGUGAGGGCAAAGAAACUGAAUUUUCAUUCAUUGUUGCAAUUUUUAAUAUUACAAUUUGUUGUUGUUUUUAAACAUUGAAACCAGGAAGAAUUAAGUAAAUGCUUGCAAAAGGAAUAUAAUAAAGUCUU